UCCUCCUCGGCGUUCCCACGCCCACUCGGCGGGCUCUCGGCCUCCACGUCAGGGCCGCACCGCGGAGAUGGCGGCGCAGAAGAUAAACGAGGGGCUGGAGCACCUCGCCAAAGCAGAGAAGUACCUGAAAACUGGUUUUUUAAAAUGGAAGCCAGAUUAUGACAGUGCUGCUUCUGAAUAUGGAAAAGCAGCUGUUGCUUUUAAAAAUGCCAAACAGUUUGAGCAAGCAAAAGACGCCUGCCUGAGAGAAGCUGUUGCUCACGAGAAUAACAGGGCUCUUUUUCAUGCUGCCAAAGCUUACGAGCAGGCCGGCAUGAUGCUGAAGGAGAUGCAGAAGCUGCCCGAGGCUGUGCAGCUGAUCGAGAAGGCCAGCAUGAUGUACCUGGAGAACGGCACCCCGGACACAGCCGCCAUGGCCUUGGAGCGUGCCGGGAAGCUUAUAGAAAAUGUCGAUCCAGAUAAGGCUGUGCAGUUAUAUCAGCAGACAGCUAAUGUGUUUGAAAAUGAAGAACGCUUACGACAGGCAGUUGAGUUACUAGGAAAAGCCUCCAGACUGCUGGUACGGGGACGCAGGUUCGAUGAGGCGGCACUCUCUAUUCAGAAAGAAAAAAAUAUUUAUAAGGAGAUUGAGAAUUACCCAACUUGUUAUAAGAAAACAAUUGCCCAAGUCUUAGUUCAUCUCCAUAGAAACGACUAUGUGGCCGCAGAGCGCUGCGUCCGGGAGAGUUACAGCAUCCCUGGCUUCAACGGCAGUGAAGACUGUGCGGCUCUGGAGCAGCUUCUGGAGGGCUACGACCAGCAGGACCAGGACCAGGUGUCCGAGGUCUGCAACUCACCCCUGUUCAAGUACAUGGACAAUGAUUAUGCGAAGCUGGGCCUGAGCCUGGUGGUCCCUGGAGGUGGAGUCAAGAAGAAGGUAGCAGCCCCUCCACAGGCUCAGCCAGAGGGCGCCCCUGCCCCCGCCGCCCCUGCUGAGGAGGAGGAGGAUGAGUAUGCAGGGGGCCUGUGCUAGGCUCAGCAUCCCCCACCUCAGGGACCUGAGCUGACGUCGGGGGUGCCCAGAUCCCGAGGCCCUGGUCCUGAUGCUGGUGCAGAUGAGCCUCAUUCCCGCGUCUGGACCACCCAUCGUGCCCGCUGCCCGUGAACCAUUUUUUUCUCUUCAUGAUAAAGCUCUUGUCAGACACCCGCAGGAGUGAGCAGAGAAGUCACUGUCACAUUUUCAUACAGUUGAUUUUAUAAUCGCAAACCAAAUUCAGACACAUUUGUUCUAAACAAAGCAUUACUAGGCGGAGGGCCUCCUCUCUCUUGGGUUCUUGUGAUUUCCUGUUAGAGAAGUUGUUUUGCGUUUUAUUUAAUAAUUGCUGCUAAAAGUGAUGUUUACUGGUUAAACAAAAUAGUGUUUUAAACGUUCGUUUUCAAAAGGAAAUUUCUCCCCCGUGAUAUUAGGUAUAUUUAAAUUAUUAGACCUUCAGAAGUGAUAUUGGGGCAGGAAGCUGUUUGAGCCCUGCCUGCUGUUUGUCCCGGGACAAGGUGCGUGCGGAGUCACCUGGAAGUCUGUGAGAGAGCACAGUACGGCGAGUCUGUAGUGUCUUCUCUCCUCACUUCCACCCGCACAUGCACCUUGACUGUCUCCAAACCCCCUGGUUUCCUGACUGCACGGGAACUAACACGGGCUUGCUCACGCGUCACAGCAGCGCAGCGCUUCCUCUCAGCCUGGCAUCCAUCUUUCUUCCCCCCGAGUGGCCUCUGAGUCGUGGGGGAGGUGCUGUCUAUAUCCCAGCCCGCGUCCCUCCUUCUCAGGCCCCUGCCCUGUGCUCAGACCCCCCCUCUUGAGCAGGAAGGGCCCACGCUCCCGCCCCCACCUGUCUGUGCCAGCACAGGGAGCUCGGUGUGCUGGCCUCCGGGGAUGCUGAGGCGGUCAUCACGGGAGGUCCCGUCCCCCUGGGCUCCGUGGGAGAGCUGGCCGGUGUGCUCAGGCGGGUGGACUGAAGGGUGGAGAUUGUCGUCCACCCACCAGGUCUGGUGCAAACACUAAUCAGUGUCCUGCCCCCUCCAGUCCUUGAGUGGUUCUGCGGGCAGCCGCCACCUGCAGACUGGAGGCAAACUGAACCAUCUCAGGAAAGCAGAUUUAGGCGUUUGUGUUUGGCAUUGUGUUAAUGUUUCAGAGACCCAGCGCCCCCCCACCUCCAACCCUGAUCCGCCAGAAACCUCAGGAGUCUUGUGCUGAGGUGCAUUUGAGCUAAUGAACAAUCCAUUUAAAGAGGUUUGGCAACAGUGAAAAGAUAUUUUAGACCAUCUUUUAUAGACCACAUUCUCCAUUACAGCCUAGGGAAAGUUUUAUUUUUACUCUUUCUUACAUGUUAGUCAAAAAUGAGCCGUGAUCCAGUGCGACCUCCACCCCCCUCCCCUGUCCCGGGCCAGGUUAUGAACUUGCAGGGCUCGUGGCUGUUCCCCGAGGUCGGGGCUGUUCGUGAAGAGAGAGCCUCUCAUUUUUCCACUACGUAGGCCUUUGUCCCAAGUACGGUGGGAAGUGAAGACGUGUUUACACCGAGUCUGACAGUCAGUGUUCCGCGGUGUUGUCAGUGCGCUCAGUCCACAAGGCACACUUUGUAUGUCGAAUUCAUCUGUACAUAUGCAGAGGAUGCUAUUUGUGUAUAAAAACUGCUUUAUCCCUGUUCUUUUUUCCAGCUCUUUGGUGAAUAGAAUAUUAAAUGUGUUAUGGAAAUGCAGAUUAUUGCUCCUUUAGGAAGAUAAUUAUGAAAAUAAAAUCUGAAACUAUAUAAGUACAA